ACGGGCAAGGUCGCAAGAACUGCGAUCACGUACAAAGUCAGUCAAGUCGAAUUCAGUCUGAGGAGGGACGUCGUUGAGGACAGUAAGGUCUCGCAUUUCCAAGACCAACUUAGAACUUCAAACUACCUUCGAUUGAUUCAGUGUGGUUUUUUUUAUUUUUUUUUUUUUUAUUUCAUUCACUCGGCGUGUGGGUCGGUCUGCGUAGCAUUUUCGGAUUGUCCUGCUGAUCCAGAGGACUCACAGUCUACAAGAUGGAGGAAAAUAAAGGAUCGACGACCGCAAAGUUUCUAGUGGUAUUCUGCCCUCUGCUGGUCGGCAUUACCAAGCACCAAUCGGGUUUUGUGAUCGGAUGGUCGGCAGCGCUGCCCAAGAUACAAGCGGAUAAUUCCACUUCCUUGGAAGUCGCAGACAACGAUGUCAAGUGGUUAAUAUCCCUAACUGGAAUAGCUGGCAUGGUUGGAACAUUAGCCACGGGUCCGAUAAUAGAGACCUUUGGCCCUAGGCGCAUCUUAACCUGGAUCCAGAUCCCAGCCAUCCUCUUCUGGCUGACAUCCGCCUUCACCCCGUACCUCUCUCUACUGUACUUUGGCCGCAUUGGCCUCUGCAGCAUACUGAUCAUCUCUGGUCCCCUGAAUCCACUGCUUGUCGCCGAACUUAGCGAUCCGAAAAUUCGAGGCGCCAUGUUGGCCGCUGAGGAGAUCGCAGUGGCUACUGGGAUGCUCAUCAUGUACGCGAUGGUGCAGAAACUCUACUGGGUGACAGCAACCGCACUGGCUGCUUUGCCAGCAUCCGUCCAGUUUUUACUCAGCUUCUGCCUUCCCGAAUCUCCGUUUUGGGACGCACGGAAUGGGCAUCACAAGAAAGCUGAGGCUGCACUGAUGAAGCUGAGAUUCUCCAAGGCAGAGGCGAAGGAAGAGUUUGAGACCCUGCUCUCCUCUGUACAGGCUAAAAGCCAGUCGACAGUGCUUGAGCAAAUCAGAGAACUUAAACACUGCCGAAAUUACCGGCCAGUGUUUCUGCUUUUGGCAAUUUACACUUUGCGAGAGCUAGGCGGAGAGUUCAUCUUCUUCAACUACACUGUAUACAUGUUUGAAAAAGCCAAAGUACAAAUCGACCCCUUCAUGUGCACCAUCUUGGUAGGAGUCACGCGGACUAUCGCCUCAAUAACCCUGGCAUUUCUUCUGGACCGGAUAGGACGACGUCCUCUUCUAAUAGGAACGACUUUAGUCUGCGCCCUGGCAUCUUUGAUCUGUGGCGUCUUUCUCCUCCUCGACCUUCCCAAAGCUUCGUGGGUUCCACUCGCAGCUAUCUUGAUGUACGUCGCCUCCUACGGCUUUGGCUUGGGACCAAUCCCGUGGGGGCUCACUGGUGAAAUGAUCCCAACUCCAGUUAGGGCCAUAGGAGGAUCUAUAUGUUUAUUCGGGUACUCCGUGUCAGUUUUUGCCAUGAGCUACUUGUUUCCUGCAAUGACUGAACACCUGGGAAUGGGCCUCACCUGUCUCUCCUUCACUGCAUCCCUCUUUGCUCUGUCCAUCAUCCUUUUCCGAUGGUUCCCAGAGACAAAGGGCACAACGCUGAAUACUCUGGAAGGUGCCUUCAGGAGGAAAGGCAAGACGAAACAGCAAGUGUUCACCGUUUCAGGAAAUUUAGAGAACAGUCAAGACAUCACAGGUUGUGAAGUCACUAAAUUCUAGUCAGAAUUUAAAAUGAAAUGUCUGUUAGACAGGAAAGCAGGGAAAUAUCUAUACUGAACGUGCAAGUUUGAAUAAGAGCAUGUCUUCGAAGAAAUAUAUAUA